CCGCGCCGCGCCGCGCCGCCAUUUAACCCUGCCCGUGCCGCCGGAGGUGAGUGCGGCAGUGAGCACCCGCCCGCCCAGGGGCAGCCCCGGAGGCGUUUUCUCCACGGGGAGGAUCCCGUUCAGCCCCGUCCCGCCGGCGGCGCCGGUGCGGCGGCCGCUCCGCCCGCGCAGGGCAGCGGCGUGGAGGUGUUGUUGGAAAAAAGUGCCUGCACUUCGGAGCUGAAGAAGGACAUGAGGAGUAAAAGGACCUGGGAUCUCACUGGUCAGAAUGAAACAGAUGUUGAAAGAUUUUUCAAAUCUAUUGUUAGUAGUGCUCUGUGACUAUGUUCUCGGUGAAGUGGAGUAUCUCCUGUUGGAGCGUCCGGGUCAUGUAGCCUUCAGCAAUGACGCAGUGUCUGUGGAAUAUCAGUACUCUAGUGGUGGUAAUGUGACAGCAGGGCAUCUGUCCAUCCUAUUGCUGGAUGCCAGCACCAACAAGAUAAUUGCAAGAAAACAGCUUCCAGCAAAUCAGCCCCAGGGGAAGGUGGAGUUUGAGUGUUUCCAUUUCAGGAGUGCUGGGGACUUCUUGUUCAGAAUGGUUUCUCCCAGCGAUAACAGCAGUGCUGCCCAGUGGAGCAGAAGCAGCAUGUCCACCCUCCAUGUGGAAUGGCCUGUAUUUCACAUUGAUUUGAACAAGAGUUCAGAGGUGCUUGGGAGCUCCCUUCAGGUUGGACUUUUUACAAACGAGCAGCUGUGUGCCGUGAAUGAGACAGUGGUCUCACUGGAUGUGAUAUUCACCAGCACCCUUUAUGAAUUCGGAAGAGUAAGCUCUGAUGAGACUCUGGGCAUUAGAACUAGCAAAGAAAUCCCACUCUCUAGGUCCCAAUGGGUAGAGUUUGAUUGCCCAGCUGUUAGUCAAGAAAUAUACAUCACUGUGUUACUGAAAUCAUUAGAAACACAUUCCAUCAUUGCCUCCAUAGGACCUAUAGAUCUUCUCCACAAAUUUGGAUACAGACUGGUUGUGGCACCAGAAGCAACGUGCAAAACUUUGGUUCAGGUCUUCGUAGUCUCUCCACCAUGCGCUUCUAUCAGUGGAAAAAUUGUUGUCUAUAAAGAGGCUCUCAAGCACUCUACUCAAAGAACAACCUGGCUGUAUGAAAACACCCUUCACCCAGGAGACAACAGGACAGAAUUUAACUGCACUUUGUUUGAUGUGGGGAAGAACAAAUACUGCUUUGACCUCUUUAAUUUCUCAAACCGAAGCGUUUUCCCAACAAGAGUUAAGGAGUGCAUGAUGAUCCAGAGGAAUAUGGAAACGUGGAGCCCAUGGCAGCCCUGGAGCCCCUGCAGUGUCACCUGUGGGGACGGCAUCCGGGAGCGCUUCCGAGAGUGCCUCACCUCCUCAUCAGCCAAACCAGGCUGUGCUGGAUCACCCAGGGAGACUUCCUUGUGUUCCCUGGAGGAGUGUUUGUCUAUGAAGCCUCCCACCCCACCUUCUGUCCAACCAGGAGAGGACCAGAAAGCGAAUAACAUAGUCACCGUCACAGGUAUCUCCCUUUGCUUGUUCAUCAUCUUUGCCACAGUUCUCAUCACCCUCUGGAGGAAGCUCUGCAGAGCUCAGAAGUGCAGCACCGCCGUGCGCCGAAACUCUGUCCAUUCCCCUGGCUUCCGGAAGAACUCUGAUGAGGAGAACAUCUGCCAAGGCAACAAGCAGCGGGACAGCUUCACUGAAGGAGGGGAUGCCCCUGUUAACAUUCCUCUGACCUACAGGCGAAGCCUCCAAUUUGCCCAAGAAGAUGAUGUCUCUGGAAGUGAGAACUUCCAGCCAAACGCCCAAAAAAUAAUCCCUCCGAUCUUCAGCUACCGCCUGGCACAGCAGCAGCUGAAAGAGAUGAAGAAGAAAGGCCUGACUGAGACCACCAAGGUGUACCAUGUCUCUCAGAAUCCCCUGACGGACACAGUUGUUGGUGCCACCACGAUGCUUCCCCUGAGUGGAGAAAACCAAGAGGAAGCAGCAGCAAACAAAUUUAGGAUCAAAUCUCCAUUUCUGGACCAGCCAGCCAGUCAGCCCAAAUUCCUGGGGGAAGGCUCUCACCCUAGGCUGGAUUUUCCGUUCUCACAGGCCAAUCCUGCAAUGAGCCCUACCCAAACGUUGGUAAGAAGAGCUCAUUUCAAGCACCAGGAUAGCAGAGGGGACUUGCCUGAGAGGGGCUGCCACAGAAACCCGCAGUUCAGAAGAACAGCCAGUUUCCAUGAAGCUAAAAAGGCCAGGCCUUUCAGAGAGAGGAGCAUGUCCACCCUCACCCCCCGGCAGACUCCUCUCUACAACUCCAGGACCAGAACAUGGGACCAGGGUUUGGAGGACAGGAUGCGGCCAAAAUCAAGGAACACUAAUCCAACUGGUGAAAAGCUGGAUCAGCCCCACAAUGCUGUGCCAGGGUGUGAACCACAGGGCCAUGGCACAAAGUGCCACCACAGGGCAGGGCCCCCGGUGAAGAAGCUGGACCUGGUCACUGACCGCCAGCCUGGAGGUCAGGAGAAGGCAGCUGAUAAGCCUGAGCCCAGCCGGAGCAAGCGGGGCCCUUCACCUAACCCCAGAGGCACGUGGCGGAAGGAAACGGGCUCAGCUGGCAAAGAUAAUUCCCAGAGAGGCCCAAGUGUAAGCCCUGCCCAGUACCGAAGGGACAAGUGCCAGAGCUUCCCCUUGGACCCUGAGUUUGCCUUUUAUGAUAAUACUACUUUUGGCUUAACGGAGGCAGAGCAGCAGAUGAUCGACCUCCCUGGGUAUUUCGGCUCCAAUGAAGAGGAUGAAACAAGUACUUUAAGCAUUGAGAAGCUGGUGAUCUGAGGGACUCAUUGCAGCCCUGCAGGAGGGGCAUGAGCAGGAGUGGAUCUGCAGGAUCUGUCGGCUUCUGGUGGAAGGAGCAGCGGGAAUUGUGUUACCUCCACACAGAGCAGGAGGGAUUAAUGCCCCAAGUCUGGCUUGUGGGAACGCAUUCCUUUCUAAUUACUGGAAAGUGCUUCUAUAUCAUUAUUUUUUGUAUGUAUGUGUGUACAAUACACACAAAAUACCCUGGGAAAGCACAUGUUAGUGGAGGUGUGACACAGAAAUGGCCAAUACAUUUUAUUGCAUAAAGCAGUUGUGUUUUGUGCAUCAUACGUGAUGGAGACCACUGAUCUGGCCUUUCUCACCUUGUGGACUGUGUACUAGUAGAUAAUAAUGCCCUAAAGCAUCCAUUGUCCAGUAUCCUCAACCAUCUGUCCUAAUUAGUGAAUCCUUGCCUAUUUAGAAAACACAGACCUCAAUUUGUGAGCAGUUUUCAUCAUUUUUAUGGUAGUCAUUAUUGAAGUGUGUCGAUUUGUUGCAAUUGCUCAAAUAAGUCAUAUGGUGGUGUUUGUUUUAGCUGCUUGCAUGAAAGUGCAAACAAUUGAUGCUGAAUACUUGGAGUGAAUUUAAAACUGAGGGGGCAUUUUUCACCCUUCAAGGUUUGGUAUUUUCCUUCUGUCAAUAUUUAUACCACAAAACCAGUGAUGUACAGGUAUUUGCAGGAAAUGAGUAGAAGAGGCAUGCUACUGGGAGGGCAAGGAAAACAGACGAACAAAUUUGAGUCCUCACAGAAAUGUUACUUGCAGCGUCUAAGCACCUGUAAAAGACAGUGAGACAACUGUUGAAUCACCCAUCCUUUCCAUGAUCAUCUUUGCCUUUAUUAAACUUUUCAAAAUGUAAAUAUAUUGACAAUAAUACUGCUACCGCAAGCUCAGAAUAAAUUAUGAACAAAUCCAGUAAACAACAAAUUCAUUUCAUGAAUACCUGUUUUGCAAACAAAAAGAAAACCUGGCUUGACAACAUCUGGUGAUUCCCAUAGAAUCCUAUGGUGAAGUACAAUAGUUACUUUGGGUGGGUUUUUUUUUUUGUCAGGCUUUAGAACCAGAGAUCACAAAUUGA